ACUGUUGUUAAUUCACAUUUCAAAAACGCUAAAAUUCUUGAGCCAGAGACAAUAGAGUCUCUGAUGGCAUUUAAUUCCUCAAAAAAUCCUGUACUGCCAGUGGUGGAUUCUCCAAGAGACGAAGAGAAAGAGAGACUUCUUAAAGGCGAUGAAAAACUCUUCCAAGGAUCCGCCAUGACCAAAAGAGGAGCCAAUGCUGCAAUCUCUUAUAUGUCUUGUGCAGUGCUCCUGAUAUUAUUCAACAAGGCAGCUCUUUCUUCUUAUAGUUUCCCAUCUGCAAAUGUCAUAACCCUUCUUCAGAUGGUAUGUUCUUGCUUGUUUCUCUACCUGUUGAGACGCUGGAAGAUUAUUACUUUCUAUGUGGGUGAAUCUUUGCCGACUUCUGAUAAUAACUCAAACUUUAUAGCCUUUAAGACAUUGAUGCACACCCUUCCUCUGGCAGCAACCUAUUUGUUUUACAUGGUAGUCUCUGUCGAGUCUGUUCGUGGAGUAAAUGUUCCCAUGUACACCACUCUUCGGCGUACUACAGUGGCAUUUACUAUGAUAGUGGAGUAUGUUCUGGCUCGGCAAAGAUACACACCUCCUAUCAUUGGGAGUGUUGGGUUGAUAAUUCUUGGUGCAUUCGUUGCUGGAGCUCGGGAUUUGUCAUUUGACUUCUAUGGCUAUGCAGUUGUUUUCUUAGCCAACAUUGCAACAGCAAUAUAUCUUGCCACCAUAGCCCGGAUUGGGAAGUCCAGUGGCCUUAAUAGCUUUGGUCUUAUGUGGUGCAAUGGAGUCAUAUGCGGCCCAUUUUUGUUCUUUUGGACACUUAUUCGUGGUGACUUGAAGAUGACAAUACAUUUUCCUUAUCUGUUUUCACCUGGCUUCUUGAUUGUGCUACUUCUCUCCUGUACACUGGCCUUCUUUUUGAACUACAGUAUAUUUCUGAACACAACUCUUAAUUCAGCGCUUACACAGACAAUUUGUGGUAAUCUGAAGGACCUUUUUACAAUUGGACUUGGCUGGAUACUUUUUGGUGGGCUCCCAUUUGAUAUUGUGAAUGUUACUGGGCAAUCUCUUGGUUUUCUUGGCUCUGGUUUGUAUGCCUACUAUAAACUUGUAGGGAAGUAAGUAAUUGUCCAUGUCAAUUGUCCAUGUCACGCAACAGCGAAUACCUUAUUGAAGAUUAACAUUAACUACCUACAGUAGCCGUGUUACCAAAUCUGAUUGACAGCUUCGUGGUCUCUAAAAGAGAUGCAAUUUCUGUAUAGGAGAUUAUUGCCUGGCGCGAAGCGCAUUACAAAUUUUUUGAGGGAAAUACAGUCUGGAUAACCCUUGGUGUUAUAUUUUCGAAGUUAAUGCCAUUGUAAAUGAUGAUCUCCUAUUAUCCCUCUUUUUUCUUCUUUUCUUUUACCUCCGUUAAGGUUAACACUAACAGGCUUGAAAAGAAUUAGUUAGUUCAGGUACAACAAAUCAUACAAUAUUUCACUUGUUUGGGUCGGUUUUGUUGGUAGAUUACAGUGUUUAACUUUGCGUUAGUUUCAAAUUUCAAAGGGCUUCUGUCAGACUUUAGGUUUAUUGCCAAAUUGGAUUCAGUUGAAUUAAUUUGGGACGAGCAUGCCUUUAUCUUUUAUUAUUUAAGUCAUGGAAAUGGAUUCAUGGGUUUGAUAAAUGAAUUUGAACUCUUAUUUAUUUUUUCUUAAUGUCC